CGUUUCAGAGGAUAAGGCAAAGACUUUGUACUUUUUCGUACCUAUGGGUGUCACUAUUGUUAGUAAUAUUACUUUUUUUAUCGCCACGACACUAGCAAUUCUGUGUCAAACUAAACGUACAGACCAUCAGCUGAAAGACUCGGAAAGCAAGUGUCACGAUGAUAAUAAACAGAGGUUUAGUAUGUACCUGAAGCUGUUUAUAGUGAUGGGAAUAAGCUGGGUUAUGGAAAUAAUAUCGUGGUCGAUCGAUGCCGAGAUUGUUUGGUCAGCGAUCAUUUGGUAUCCUACAGAUACGAUAAACGCUCUACAAGGCCUCAUCAUUUUCAUUAUAUUCGUGUGCAGAAAAAAGAUUAUGCGGCAACUGUUAAAACGAUUUAAUUGUCAAGAUCGUGAUUUUGCAAAAAUGCGAUUUUGCAAGGAUCUAAUGAGUGACGAUAGCGCAGCCUCGAAUACUACUUCUCUCGCAUCGAGAUCAGGAACAACGGGAACGAUAGCCAUGCAAGAGUUGAAUUCGUCUGAUCAGCGCGCGGAGUCCAAUUAGAUUUAUUCUUAGCGUUGCAAUUAGUUAUACAACAGACGAAGAAUUUUCUGGAAAUGAGAUAGCAGUAAUAUCAAAAAAUUAAUUUUUCAAAAAUUGUGUACUCUUACGCAUUGACGCAUCGUUCCUUUUGUAGAAACAAUUAUUAUAUUUGUUUGAUAAUAAACGGAUUAUAUUUGUAGAACGUUUCCUAAGAAAGUUUCAUUAGAUGUAUAUAUACAUAAUUAUUAUAAUUAUGUAUAAUCGUUAUGUUUGUAUUUGAUAAAUGUAUAUUGAUACAUUUUAUAUAUAGAGUGCGUUCCGUUUCUUGCAUAAUGCGCAUAAUGUAUCAUUUAUCCUUGUUUAACAUGUAGUGAAUAAUAAGAAUAAAUGAUACAUCAUGUGAGAAAUGGAAUGCAUCCUUAAUAAUAAAGAGAAGUCGUAAA